ACUGCCAUAUUUUUCUAAAAUGGCGCUUUGCGACAAGACGAAGUAAAAAAUAGUGCAUAAAUUUUUAUAAAAUAACAACGAAAUUGCUAAUAAAAUUGAAAAAUAUUUACAUAAUUAUCAAGUGUAAAUAGUGUUUAAUAUAUAAUGAUGAAAAAAUCUAAGAAAAUUCAUGAAUUAAUAUGGAAUUUUCAAUAGCAAAAAAUGACAAUUAAAAGUGAUAGACGUGAUUGAUGAUAGACAAUUUAACAAGAACGCGAUACACAUACAUACACAAACACCUUCAACAUACAAUACAAAAAAAAAAAGACCCCAAAUAAAAAACGAAACGAAAAAGAGGAGGACAAGUACAAUUUUCAUUUAUGUAGUAGAAGAAAAACGUCAAAAAAAAGUUUGAUAGUAAGAAAAAAAAAUUUACACAAAAAAGAAAAAUAAGGGAGCCAAGACGGCGGGCAGAUUAUUGUUAAUAAAAUCUAUAAAUUAUUAUUUUUCUUAUAAAUUUGGGAGUAAAUAUUAGGAAAAAUAUAAUUAAAAUAGUUCUUCUCUGUGUAGAGUGUGUAUAUAUUUAUUUUUUUGGUUGAAAAGCGUGAGUCACCAUGGACCCAAAUUCGAGUCCCUGGCCUUAUGCCUACAAUCGUAUAGUACCAGCGGCGAGUAGUACAACAUCGGCCGACGACUUUCAGCAUCCACAUUUGGCCUCGAGUGCCCAGUCAUUAUUAUUACAGGCGGCUCAUUCGAAUAUUGCGGCAAAUAUUGCAGCCGGUGGCGGUAGUUUCGUAUCGCCCUCACCCAUUAGUGGCUACAAUCCAGUUUUCCAACAAAUCUAUCAUCAUGCGGCCGCUGCCAGUGCUGUACAACCAAAACCUGCCCAUUAUGCCUCGUCGGCUGUUAAUACACCACAUCGCCAAUUACAAAUACCCGCCACUUUGGAUAAACAAUUGACCUCAUUCCAAAAUCAAGCUGCUAUAGCUGCGGUCUCGUCGGCCGCCGCCGCUGUAGUCAAUAAUGCUGCAGCCGCCACAAAUUACUAUGGUGAGAAUUCAUCAUCUAGUGGUGCUUCACCUUCGCCCACCACCUCAACCAUAACACCGACUACGCUGAGUUGGAAUACUCCAACCAUGAUUUCAAACACGUUCUUGGCCAUGCAACAGCAACAGCAGCAACAACAGGCUCAGCAACAGCAACAACAAAGCCAACAGCAGCAGCAGCAUCAGCAACAACAACAGCUUAAUCUAGCUGCGGAUAAGGUGCAAAUCAAACAAGAAAAUACACAAUGUACUAAGGCUCAAGUAAAAGCCUACAAUGAUUUGUUAUACCUCACACAAUUACAACAACAGCAACAGCAACUGCAGCAGCAACAACAACAGCAGCAGCAACAACAACAGCAGCAGCAACAGCAGCAGCAGGAGGAAGAGGAAACUACGUAUUAUACCAUAGAUGGUAAACAUUAUAAAAUUGUACGUAAAUCACAAGCACAGCAGAAUCAGCAGCCACAACAGCAGCAGCAAGUGUUGCAAAUAGAACAACAACAUCCUAGUCCAGCAUCGUCGACCACCACCCAGCAGCAAUAUCCCGUUUAUGCCAGUCCAGCUCUAAGUUCGACUGGCAACUCUUCGCCAGCCUUACACAAUGCUAAUGUCAGUAAUAACACCACCACCCCACCGCAAGUAAUCGUUUAUAAAACAACUACAGCCACGUCCGCCGAGUCGCCCAUACGUCGUAGCACUCAUGUUGCAAACGCUGGUUCGCCUGCAACAUCGUCGAAUACAGUUGCCUAUUCGUCUGUGAUACAAAGCACUUUGCAGCAACAGCAAUUGCAGCAACAACACCAACAACAACAGCAGCAGCAACAACAACAACAGCAGCAGCAUCAAUUGCAUUUGUGGAAAAUCGAAGAUGCUGCUGGCCAAGAAGAAGAUGUUAAAAAUGUUUUACAAUUGCAGGUUAAACAAGAACAUCAGAAUUUGGAUUACCAUACGGGAGGAGGAAUUGUUGGUGGCGGCGGCAAUGUUGUCAUGAGUGAUAAUCUUAUAUUCAAUUUACCACCCGGCUUGGAAAUCAAGCAAACCAGUGGUGGCAUUAAUGUUUGUCAGGCCAACAAUAAUAACAAUUCACAACAUUCGCCAACUGUAUUACAACACACUCAGCAGCAGCAGCAGCAACAUCAACAGCAACAACAACAAUUAUUAGCCCAGCAACAGCAGCAACAGCAAAAUUUAUACAAUGAACAAAAGUUGCAACAACAACAGCAGCAGCAGCAACAGCAACCCGAUAACAAACGUCGCCAGCACAUGAUUGCUAAUAUGUUAAUGUCUCCUUCUCAUACCACCACCUCUACGAACAAUAAUAACAAUAACAAUAAUACUUCGUCUACAUCUUCGUCGUCUUCCCACCAUCACACUUCGGCCACAACGUCACAGAUUCAAAUAAAUUCUAAGGCCCAAGAGGAGAAACAUCAACAGCAGCAGCAACAGUUGGUGGUAACGAAAUCGACCAAGACACC